AUGCCGCCUUUUAGAAGGAAGAAGACUUCCAAGUCGUUCCCUGUUAAAGUUUGCACGCUCGAUGCUGAAUUAGAGUUUAAUUUGGAGUGGCGUGCAACUGGAAGAGAUCUAUUUGACUUAGUUUGCAGAACUAUUGGCCUGAGAGAAACAUGGUUCUUUGGCUUGCAAUUUGAAGAUACCAAACAUUUUAUUAGUUGGCUGAAGUUGGAUAAGAGAGUACAAGACCAAUGCGUCUCCCAGAUGCCUGGUACUCCAUUCAUGCUGCUUUGCAAGUUAUAUCCUGAAGAUGUGGCUGAAGAACUCAUACAGGAAGUUACCCAGCACCUUUUGUUCCUACAAGUGAAGCAAGCAAUUCUUAGCAUGGAUAUUUAUUGUCCACCUGAGGCAUCGGUUCUCUUAGCGAGCUAUGCUGUCCAAGCUAAGUAUGGGGAUUACGAUGAGACUGCAUACAAACCGGGGAUGUUAGCUAGUGAAGAUCUUUUACCUCAACGGGUGAUAGACCAGUAUCAGAUGACUCCUGAAAUGUGGGAAGAGAGGAUUAAAAUAUGGUAUGCAGACCACAAAGGCAUGUCAAGAGAUGAAGCCGAAAUGGAAUACCUCAAAAUUGCACAAGAUCUGGACAUGUACGGUGUCAAUUAUUUUGCCAUAAAUAAUAAAAAAGAAACCGACCUCUACUUGGGCGUAACAGCGCUCGGCCUGAACAUUUACGAAAAGGACAACAAAUUAACGCCGAAGACAACUUUCCCGUGGUCGGAAAUCAAGCAUAUUUCAUUUGAUGACAAGAAAUUUGUGAUUAAAUUCGUAGACAAGUCGGCCAAUAAUUUUAUAUUCUUCUCGCCGAAGGGAAUGAAUAAGUUGAUUCUGGAUCUUUGUAUCGGAAACCAUGAUCUGUACAUGAGGAGACGGAAACCUGACACCAUGGAGGUUCAACAAAUGAAGGCUCAGGCCAAAGAGGAGAAAGUUCGACGUCAAGUGGAAAGGAAUAAGUUGGCGAGAGAGAAGCAGUUGAGGGAAGCGGCGGAAAGAGAAAGAGCUGCCAUGGAACAGAGGCUUUUGCAAUACCAAGAGGAGAUACGGCUCGCUAACGAAGCGUUGCGACGUUCCGAAGAAACAGCGGAAUUGCUAGCUGAAAAGGGCAGAGUCGCUGAAGAGGAGGCAUCUCUUCUGGCGCAGAAGGCAGCUGAUGCAGAACGGGAGAACGCUAGGCUCCGCUUGUCUAACAUACGAACGGAAGAAGAGAAGGUGCACCUAGAACGAAAGACUCGCGAGGCGGAAUUCCUGACGGCGCGUCUCGUGGAAGAGUCGGAGAAGCGAGCGGCCGAAGCGGAGAGGCUGAAGUCCGAGCUCAUGACUGCGAGAGUCGCCGAGAAGCAGGCCAAGGAGAAACUGCUAAACUUCCUCAGCAGGACCUCCACGGGGUCCCUGCCUCAGGUGAAAGAGUCUUCCACCGUGCCAUCAUCUCUUUUCCCGUCGACGUGCUCCCUACCUGCUGAGCUCAGCAGCGACGGUGUGGGACCCCUACACAACGGCGGAACAACCCCACCCGAAGCGGAACUCAACUCUUACCAGCUCGUACCUGAUGAUUCGGAUCCGCACAUACACCGCCUGUCACUCGAAAUUGAGAAGGAGAGAGUGGAGUACCUGGCGAAGUCGAAGCAUCUCCAGCAACAGUUGGACGAGCUACGUUGCGAAUUUUCCGUCUUACGCGUGGAACAGCAGCCCGGAGCCACCCUGGACAGGCUGCACGAGGCUCAGACGAGGGCCGGGGACGACAAAUACUCGACCUUACGACGCUUAAAACAGGGCUCCACUAAGACCCGUCUUGCCUUCUACGAGGAGCUAUGA